UUUAAUUUCAAAAUUUUCCCAAUCUACAAAUUAGCUUUUGGAACGAAACUCAUUGAAAAAUAUUAAGAAUACAUUUUGAAAUAAUCAGAAAAGAAAUUCUGACGCUUUCAUAUCCAAAUAUAUUUAAGUACUACCAAAUAUCAAGAGAAACAGCAAAUUAAGAAAACCAAAACCAGCAAAAUCUCCAGCAAAUAUUAAGUUAAAAUCACCAAUAAGUUUAGAAAAUUACAGAAAUGUCUUUAAGACGACAACAACCACAAACGAAGUCUCAACUGAAGAUACAGCUACGCUCGUUGCAACCAAGUUAUAACGGUAACAUAAAUGACAUUGCUAGUUUCCAAACUCGAAAUAACAUUGUUGGAAAUUUAGAAGAAUAUAAUACACGAGAGCCGCUUGCAGUAGCUAGUCUCGUCUCUUCGGUUACAGAGGUAGUGCCGGUAGCAGCCACUUCUGGCACUUCAACGUCGGUAAUACCCUCAGGCGCGGCCACAACUACCGAUGCGCCAGCGGUGACCGAGCAAAUUGCUAAUUUGUUGAAUUUGGCGCAACACCUAUUGAGCGGUGUGCGUGAACAACAACAGCGCCAGCAUCGACGCUGUCACCGCCACCGGCGCGAGUCUUGCUUGUUAUCGGUCACGCCAUAUCAGCGGCCAUAUAGCGGGGCGCUUGCCACUUCACAGGAACAUAAUGACAGCAAUGACAACAAUGCGAGUGGAAUUAGCGGUACAAAUGUGAAUACCGUUAGUAUAGGAGAAACGUGUGUGGUUACAAAUGACGGCGCCAACUCUACUGGUCGGCAGCAAUCGAGGCAUAAAAAAUUUUGCAAUAGCGUCAAAAACAGCAGCAACAGUGGAACUAGUGAGGAUAAUAUAAAUUUUCAAUGUGCUGUUUGUUUGAACUCGUAUCUGUUGCAUCGGCCGAUGGUCACUCAGUGUGGGCAUUUAUUUUGCAAGCGCUGUAUAAGGCAGUGUAUCAGCUGUCAAGGAAAGUGCCCUAUGUGUAAUCGCAAAUUGAAUUCCAAGAGCAUGUUUAGGGUGUAUUUCUGAGCUUUUUGCAAAUGUGAUUGCUUGGCGAGUGACCGAGGCGACAGGACAGUGGAGGCGCCAGCAUCCAAUACAAUUUGUAUUUUGAAAUUUUUGUUGACAUUCCUUUGUUGAGCAUGUUUGUACGUGGGUGCAUUUCAAUAUGUACGCCUUUUUGGGCAAUUUCUUUUUUAAUUUGAAUAUUUUGUAUGUUUUUUGUUAAUUUA